AUGUUAUGCAGUCCAGUUUAAAACAUAAAAUUUGGCCAAAAUGUCAUCUAAAAUGGCUAAACCAGUUAAAGUUGAAUCAACUUUAAAUGGUAUCCGACACGAUACAAUGAAUGGUACUUAUAAUGAUGAAUCUGUACCGGAACAAAAAAGUUUAAGUCCAUCAACAACAAUUAUAAACAAUGCUGAAAUCGUAGUUCAAGAAGUACUUGGCAACAAAAUGGCAGCUAUAGAAUUAAAUGAUAGUAAAGAGAAAUUGACUCAUGGAUAUGGUGGUGAUGGUAGUGAUAGUGGUGUUGAUAUUGCAAAUUGUUUAUCAAUUGGUUUACAACGUGCAUUAAGCAGCAAUAGUGGAGGUUAUGCCAGUAGUAACGGUGGUCUUGAUGAACCAAAUGGCCUUAAUGGAAAUUUAUCAUGUAAUUCUAGUAUGAUUAGUUAUAGUUCUGAUGUUGGCGAUAUUCCUCCAAAAUCACCAAAUGCAGCUGCUCCCGGAACAAAUGCUACAAACUAUGAAUGUAAUAGUGAAAAUGGUAGUGAAAGUUCCUCGGUUACUGGUGCACCUACAACUCAACGUAGUAAACAAAGUGGUAUACGAAAGAAAGUAACAGUAACAAUUGAAUCACAUGUUCCAAGAUCAUUAUUAGCAAAAAAAUUGACAACAGAACAAACAUUAUUAAAUCAACAAUUAUUAUCGGGUACAUCAUCAGCUGCUGGUCAGUUGAAUAAUAAACUAAUAUCAACAUCAACACCAACAUCAUCAGCAUCAAAACGUUCAUCAUCAAUACAUAGAACACAAUCUUUAACACGUCCGAAUAUGCCAGUUUUACAAACCCGUGAACGUGCCAGAUCUCGUGAAAAAGGAUCAUCAGCUGGCGCUUCCAGUUCAUCAAGUAAAGCAGCAACACCGCCAAUUAAAACGACACCAGUAAGGAGUCGUCCACCAAAGCCAGAUUCAUUGCCAGGUACAUUAAUGUCUACAUCACCAAGCUUAAAUCGUUUUGUACAAAGAACACCAUCAUUAACUAGAAAUUCGAGAACACCGGGAACACCAUCAGAUGAUGGACGUUGGCCAUCAGUUGGUGGACGAACUGGUGUUUCAAUUUCUAAUUUAAAUAAAAUACCACAAUGUCAAAGCCGUAGCGGUUCAGCGAAUCCAGAUUUUGCAUCAAUUAAAGCAAGAGUCAGUUUAAUGACUAUGGAUAAUUUAAAAUCAUAUGCAUCAGGUUCGUCUAAUAUUUAUGCAACAUUACCUCGUCGUAAAAAGUUAAAAUCAGUAGAGGAUUUAACAUCAAAUUCGAAUGGUAGAGGUUCUAGAAGUAAUUCAGCAACAAGAGAUAAAAUGUCUAGUUCAGUUAUUAUUCCAGGAAAGAAAACAUCCUUACAACAAUUACCACAAUCACAAAGUUACAGGGAAACAACUCCAUCAAAAAUUCUUCCACCACAUCCAUCUUCAAGGUCUCGUAAACAAACAAUGAAAACAAAAAUUUAUCAUGAAACAAGUUCUCAAACUGUAGUUACUGGUCAAGAUCUUGAAAAUGCCCUUUCUGGCAAUAGCAACGUAAAAUUAAUUAAAGUUGAUGCAGCCGAAAUGAAAACAAAAGGAACUCAAUCUGAUAUACGUGAUAAAGAGAUUCAAGCUCUUAAAGAAAAAUUACAACAAACAACUCAAACUAAAAAUGACCUACAAACACGUUUAGAAGAUAAAACAAAAAAAUUAAUUAGUAUGGAAAUUCAAUUGAAUAAAGAACGUGAAGAAAAAUUGGCUAUUCAAAAGGAAUUAAACAUAAAUACAGAACGUGUUGUUGGUAUGUUAGAAUUAGCUCGUGGAACUCCAACUGAAGAACAAGGUUAUGAUAGUCUAUUGAUGCUUGAGUCACAAAUACAAAUGUCAGGUCAUGAAUUGCAUGAAAAGCAAGAAGAAAUUAAUAAAUUAAGACGUGUUUGUAGGACAUUGCAGAAUGAAGUUCAUCGUUCAUUGUCGGCUCAAGAAUGUCUAAUGAAUGAAAAAAUCACUUUAGAGAGGGAAUCAAAUGAGUUACAGGAAUUUUUACAAAAUGAAAAAGUUUCAUUAUGUGAUGCACUUAAAGAGGCUGAAAAUGAUUUGCACGCACUUAAAAAACGUUUAGAAGAUAAAGAGGAAGAAGUUAAAGUUUUAAGAGAUGAAUGUAGGCAUUUAGUUCGAUUAAAUGAACAAAGACGGCAAGAAAAUAAAACAAUGCAGUCAAAAUACACAGCUUUAGAAAUUCGUACCAAAGAGUUAUCGUCACAAAAAAAUUCUGCAGUAUCAGGAGCGUCGAUGGCAUUGAGUGGUCUUAAUUCACGUUUAGACAGUCUUGUUGAACAAUUAAUAUCAUCCUAUAAUAUUUCAGAACAAGAUUUAGAGGACGUCGUUUUUCAUAAUGAAGCAUAUCCAAAUAGUGGUAGCAGUUUUGAUGGCAGUCCAGAAUCUGAAAUAAAUAAAAAUGGUUGUAAUGGUAAUAUUAAUAUGAAUGGAAGUUUAAAUUCAAGUAUAAAUUAUGAAAUAAAUGGUAAAUCGCAACAACAAUAUCAACAACACAAUCAACAAUAUCAACAACAAUUAUCAGUUGAUCAAAAUGAUGGAUCUUUGUCACCACAAAGAAAUCAAUCAUUUAUUGCUGCAGUUAUAAGUGCCAUUAGAAGUGCAACUAUGUCAUCUAAUAAUAAAAAAUUUCAUAGGAAUAAUAAACAAAAUAAAUUAAAUACUGAUAACACCCAAAAUGGAGAAGAAUCCGAUUCAACAGAAAUGUUAGAUUCCGAAACCGAACCAUGCCUUAUGAUGGAUAACGUCCUCGAAGAUGUUACAAUGCCUGAUUCACAUUCACAUAAUAUGGUAUCAUCACAAAAUGUAAUGAUAUCACAAAUGGAUUUACCCUCCGAUAUUAUGCAUGGUGAUGAAUCUUUACAAAAUUUAUCACAAGCAAUUACAAACAGGCAACAAAUUGAAAUGCAAAUAAAUACUGCAAUGGCAGCACAAAAACUAAAUCAAUGCAAGCAUCAACCAGAUCAUAGUAUGUCAGAAGAUAUGAGUUGUCAUGAUUCUGUAGCUGAAAUGCCCUCAAUUAGUGAAUAUUGUUCAGCACAAGCGCUAGUUGAUCAAGUCAUUGAAGUUGAUAAUUUAGUUACAAAAUUACUCAAAGUUUUAAGACUGAUACAAAUGGAUAAUGAUAAUUGUAUACAACAAUUAAUAACUGAUAAAAAUAAAUUACAAUUAAAUAAAGAAGAAAUGUUAGAAAAAAUGAAAGAUAUUGAAGACAUGAAUAUUAAAUUACGUGAUGAAUUAAUGGAUGCAACACAAGAGUUAAUGAUGCAAGGAAAUGAUCUCUCAACUAGUAAGGCUGAAAUACAAAGACAUCGUAAUGAAAUCGAUCGUCUAAAUGAAGAUAUAUGCAAUUUAAGUCAAUUAUUAAACCAAGAGCAGCAAUCAAAAUUAACUAAUGGACAAAAUUAUACUACAGCGACAGAUAUUAAAAGUAUACCAACUACAAUUAUAACGGAUAUGGAUUGUAGUGGUACAAAAAAGCAAUUCUAUAAAGAUGAAAUUAUAAGAUAUCUGCAGGAUUGGAAUUCACAGGGCUAUUUAGAGGAAUCGGAUAUUAUUAAUUAUUUAAUACAAAUAUGUCAAGAGAGUUUAUUAUUUCAGCAGAAGCUAUUUAUUGGAAUGGAAAAACGACAUUUCUGUACAUAUAAACAUCUUAAUGAUAUUGAUGUAGAUUUAGAUCAUACUAGUAAUGAUGAACAUGAUCAUGAUCACGAGCAUGAUAUUAUGGAUUAUAAUCAACAAGAAAUAUUAAUAAAAGAAUCAAAAAGGCAAUAUGAUGCAAUUGAUCGUGCUUUAGACAUAUUAUAUAAUUUACGUGAUUUAGUUGAAGAUUAUCCAGAAUUAAGACAAUUACAAAAAGAAUUAGAAGAAAUGAAUUUUAAUACAGCAGCAUAUAGUAAUCUACCAAUUAUAUGUAAAACAACAGAAUCAGGUUUAGGAUUAAGUGGUGGAAUUGGACUUGGACUUAGUGGAUGUAGUAGAAAAUUAAAUGCAUAUACAUUUAAUACUAAUAAUAUGGAUGAAAGUAAUUCAUCAUCAAAUUAUUUUAGUUGUACUGAUGAAACAAAUAUAAAUAAUUAUAUUAAUUUAGAUCAUUAUGAUACAACAACAACAACGACAACAGGAACUACAAUGACAACAACAUUAAUGACAACAUCAACUAAUAAUGAUAAUGACGUUAAUAUUAGUAAUAAUAAUAUUAAUAUUAUUAAUAAUGAUACUAAUGAUAUUGAUAAUAAUUAUAAUGAUAAUAAUAAUAACGAUGAUAAUAAUAAUAACAAUAAUAAUAAUAAUGAUAAUAAUAAUAAUAAUGAUAAUAAUAAUAUCAAUGCAAAAAAUAAUGAUACACCGGAUGAUGAUUGUAAAUCGGAAACCGAGAAUAUAUAGUCAAAAUAUUAAAUAUGAUGAAGACGAAUAUUUUAUUCUCUUAUCAAAAAAAUUUAAUAUUGGAUUGCCAUAUUAAGAUUACUAAAACAACUGCUACUUCUUUAUAUACUAUUAUGACUACUACUACUAUUAAUUACUUACUACUUAACUAAUUAUAUUAUAUUGUAUUUAUUACUUAAUUAACAUAUUAUGGUAAAAUUCUUAAAGUAAAAUAAUUAUUAA